AUGGAUUUAAAAUCCCAAUCUUCCAAGUCUGACUUUGAGCUCCUGCAUUGUAGGAGCUUUAAAGAAGAGCUUCGCGUGCAGCAAACUCGUGAAGAGAUAAAAAAACGUCCCAUCAUGAACAAAAGGAAAUUGCAACAAAAUAAAAAAAAUCAAAUAUCCGAAGAGAGCAACAGAGUAACAAAAAAAAAUAAAAUUAAAAGACAAUUAUAUGCUGAGAAGGACAUAUGCGUCAUGUGUGGUGAGGCUGGCCGAGACAACGAAAUGUGGUUUCGUUGCAGAAAUUGUGCCAAGUGGGCUCACGAGCUCUGCACGAGUGUUUCUAGUGCAGUUGAUUACAUUUGCGAAUUUUGCAUACAUGAAUAA